AUGCCCGAUGGCUCCGAGGACGAGGAGGAGGAGGAUGCUGAUGACGACAGCGACGAGGAGGCGGCGGUGAAGGGGGAGAGCGGGGACGAUGAGGACGAGAUCGAGGAGAGCGGCGACGACGACGAAGAGAUCGAGUCGAGCGGCGGGGAGGAGGACGGUGAAGUGGAAGCUGGCGAGCAAGGCGAAGGGGAAGAGGCGGGGGGAGAAGAAGAAGAAGAAGAGGCUGUGCAAGAGGAAGACGAUGCGCCCGAGCAGCCGGAUCCGUCUCAAUUCUUUGCGUCAUCGGAAGGAGCUUCUUUUAGUGCAAGGUCGUUUCUUGAGCUCAACUUAUCGCGUCCACUCAUUCGAGCCUGUGAAGCACUGGGCUACCAGAAGCCAACACCAAUUCAGGCCGCAUGCAUCCCUCUGGCAUUAACAGGGAGGGAUAUAUGCGGCAGUGCCAUCACAGGAUCAGGGAAGACGGCUGCUUUCUCUCUGCCUGUGCUGGAGCGUCUGCUUUUCCGGCCGAAGCGCGUGCCUGCAAUCAGGGUGCUUAUUCUCACCCCAACCAGAGAGCUUGCUGCGCAGGUCCAUAGCAUGAUUGAGAAAUUGGCCCAGUUUACUGAUAUCAGGUGCUGUCUCAUAGUUGGUGGGCUUCCAACCAAGGCACAGGAGGUGGCUUUAAGGUCGAAUCCUGACAUUGUUGUUGCCACUCCUGGGCGUAUAGUGGAUCAUCUGCGCAACUCCCUUUCUGUCGGGCUUGAAGAUCUUGCAGUUCUGAUCCUUGAUGAAGCUGACCGUUUGCUAGAAUUGGGUUUCAGUGUUGAAAUUGGUGAGCUCAUUCGCAUGUGUCCUAAAAGGAGGCAGACCAUGCUCUUUUCUGCCACAAUGACAGAGCAAAUCGACGAGCUUGUGAAACUUUCUCUGAACAAGCCAGUCCGUCUUGAAGCUGAUCCUUCGCUGAAACGCCCUGCAACAUUGACUGAAGAGGUGGCACAGCGGCUUGAGGCUUUAGAACAAUUCAAAAAGCAAGAAGCGGACAUCCUGAUUGCAACUGAUAUUGCAGCUCGUGGUAUUGACAUUGUUGGUGUUAGAACUGUCAUAAAUUUUGCCUGCCCACGUGAUGUCAAAACUUACCUUCAUCGUGUUGGCCGUACUGCAAGGGCUGGCAGGGAAGGAUAUGCCGUGACAUUUGUUACUGAUGAUGAUAGAUCCCUGUUGAAAGCUAUUGCAAAGAAGGCUGGUUCUCAGCUGAAAAGCCGCAUUGUUGCCGAGAAACCUGUGUCUGACUGUGCAAAAUUAAUUGAGCAACUGGAGCAUCAAAUCUCUAACAUAAUUCUGGAAGAAAGGGAGGAAAUGGCAUUGAGAAAGGCUGAAAUGGAAGCUACAAAGGCAGAAAAUAUGAUAGCUCACAGGGAUGAGAUAUACUCACGCCCCAAGAGAACCUGGUUUGCUACUGAGAAGGAAAAGAAACUGUUGGCAAAGGCUGCUAAAGAAUCCUUGGAUCAAGUUAAAGGUGGCUCUGUAGUUGUUAGUGCUCAGCAAGCUGAAGAUCUUCGUCUGAAGGAGAAAAGAAGAAGAGAGCGUGAGAAAAAUCUACCUAGGAAGAAGCGCAGAAAGUUGGAGGCACAGCGGGAAAUGCUAGAGGAGGAGAAGGAAGAGGAGGAAGCUCAGGAAAGCAAAGGAGGGAAGAAAGCAAAGAGUAGCCAAUCUGUAGUUGAUGUCGCUUAUCGCAGGGCAAAAUCAAUGAAGGCGACGGGCAAAAUCGGCGUUCGUGCUAGCAAAGGAAAGAAUGAGAAAGGGUCAAAACAGCCUGCUGAAAAGGGCCAGACUAGGCAAGAGGAAAUGCAUGAACUGUUCCAGAAUGAUAUGAGUGAAUGGAAGCAGGGCCGUUCCCUGAAGAAAAAGGACAGCUCGUUUGCAAAGAAAUCUAAGAAUGCCUUCAAGAGCAAAUCAAGGUACAAGCGACAACACGCGGCCGAGAUUAAGAAGACCAAUUGCGACCUCUACCUCGGGAUAUUUUUUGCUUGCUGUCGUGAUUACUGCAAAUGUUGUGGCUGCUGUCAAGUUUCGCAUUUUUCUUGUGUUCCUAACUCGUGUUUUCUAGUGGCUCAGAUGACGAUCGACGGCGACCUAAGGCGGCUCAACGCCGGCAAGCCGUGGAUGGCCCGGCUGCGUGAGAAAACCGAUCCUCCACCCUUAUAUGGUCUCAAUGAUCCAGUGUUCACUAUUGAGGUUCAUCAUGGUGGAUUUUUCUGUGGUUUGGGAAGCAACAAAACAUAUAUUGAUGAUAAAAUUGACUUCUUUGACUUUUGUGUUGUUGAGGAAUGGUCAGUACUUUAUAUUGUGGAUUUGUUGGAGAAAUUGGGAUACCCAGACAGUACCAAGUACAAGGUGUACUGGUUGCUGCCUGGCCACACAAUUGCUGAUGGUCUUUUCUUUGUGUGCAAUGAUGAUAACCUUCAGAAGCUCAUUUCUUCAGUGCCCAGGGACAACAAUAUAGUUCUUUAUUUGGAUCAGAUGUAUUUGAUUGACAAUAGCAUAUGGGAUGAUGUGUUGAUAGAAGCAAAUGCUUCAGAACAGCCUAAUGGUAGUGACAGUGACAGGCUUGAUUCAGAUGCAGACUUUUUUGACAGUGACAAUGAUCCAUUUGAUGGAGAUGAUGAUUUGUUUGCCGCCUUUGUGGAUCAAGAUGUGAAAGAUUCAAUGAUCCCUGACAAAGGUAGACAGCAAGUUCAAGAUAAUGAGGUGAAGGACAAGGAUAAGAAGGAUAAAAGGAAGAGGGAAGAUUCUGAUGGUGAGCUUGAAUUACCAGAUUCUGAAGAUGAGAACUUCAAGUUCAAGUUCAAGUCAUUCACAUCAGUGGACAUGAAGGAACCCGAGUUUAAAGUUGGAAUGUUCUUUUCAACUGUUGAGCAGUUGCGAUAA